AUGUCGCCUUCCUACACUGAAGCCACCGCAGUCCAAGCGGGCCGCAACGAUGUCCAAGCUGUCGAUCAGCCUGGUGGGGUUGCCGACGCUCGGGUUGCGACGGACGAGAGCAAGGCAGACACGGAGGCUCGUCCUGCGACGCAGUUGUCCCUUCCGAAUACCAGCUCGCCUAACCGUAGCGGCGAGGUUCUGCAGCCCACUUCUGCCCCUCCUGCCGUAGCCACGCUCCAUAACAAGGCAGGCAAGAGCAUCCCAGAUAGCGUGCCUUUGACGAGCGGCGGUGAUCCCCAGACCGAUGGUACCUGGAAGCCGUCAGCAGAGACUCAAGAGAAUAUCUCCCGCGAAGACUUACGAACGGACAGCAGCGGGGUGUUGAUUGGGGCAUCCGCUGGCAGUGCUUCAGCCUUAUCAAUCCCUAUUCCUGCUCAGGAACAGCCUUCCUUCUUCGGAGGGCCGUACAGACCGAGGGGCCCUUUAUCUCCCCCUGUGAAGGGAGGGCAGCCCAAACCUGCGGACACCAAGUCGAAGCCCAAACCAGCGGACACCAAGUCGAAGCCCAAACCUGCGGACACCAAGUCGAAGCCUGAAUAA